UGUGCAUUAGGCAUAAUGAAGGGUGAGAAGUCACAGGGGACAGAGAAAGCUCCCAGAAAGGAGAAGAACCUCAGAAGAGGCAUAAGGGGUUUGUUGAAGUAGCAAAGUUCCUAGGUAAAGUUGCCUGGGACCCCCAACCCUCACUGGGUGGGGCUGGAGGAGGGCUACCAGCAUCCCAUAUUUACCCAAUUUCCCUGCUCCACAGGGAGUCUCAGGCAUUAUUGGUCUCAAGACUAUCUAGGCCAAAGGCAAUGAAGCAAGAUACCUCUACUUUCUAUAGGGAAAGCCUCCUCGCUCCCCCAAACCAUGAAGCGACUCUGGGAGCAUUUGAUUGUUCCUGGGGUUUAGAGAUUUACUGCUGAAGAGGCUUGGCAUGGGGAACGGAGAAUCAGGAGCUCUGAAGAAGAAGCAGAUGCAGCCACCCUGGACAAGGAGGCUGGUUGAAGGGCCUUUGCUUCUCUGCGGUGGAGAUCUGGGAUGCGCGCAGAAGCAGGCACAUGGAGCAGCGUAACCUGGAAUUGAGCCUUAGUUGCAGCGGAUGCAGAAAUCCUGUUCUCCUUCCCGACUGAUAAAUUAUACCUUUACUUAAAUGUCAAUGUACAAAUCGGCUGAUAAUAGAGACAAAGGAGGGACUUUCUCGUCUUACAUAAGUGACUUCCCUCAGGUGAUAACGAGGUUGUGAAUAACAUGUAUGAAACCGAGGCAGACCUCCUAGCAGGCGAGAGUGCAGAGGAGGAAACUGAGGACAGCAUCAUGUCCCCGAUCCCAGUUGGACCUCCAUCCCCCUUCCCUGCAGGCGAGAACUUCAACCCCAAGGAAGGCUCUCCGUACGAAGCGCCUGUCUACAUCCCCGACGACAUCCCAAUCCCGCCCGAUUUUGAGCUGAGGGAGUCUUCCAUUCCGGGGGCAGGACUGGGCAUCUGGACCAAAAAGAAGAUUGAAAUUGGGGAAAGAUUUGGGCCUUACAUGACCUUUCCAAGGACGACACUGAAGGAAGCAAACUUUGGAUGGGAGCAAAUGCUUACGGAUCCUGAGACGGCUUUGCAAGACAGCUGCAUUAAAAAGAUUGGCGAUGACCUGGGCGCCAAUAAAUUCUGCAUCGAUGCUAACCAGACCGGAAAUGGGAACUGGCUGAAGUACAUCCGAGUGGCCGGCUCUAGCGAAGAACAAAACCUAGCGGCGUGUCCUAUUAAUGACCAGAUUUAUUAUAAAGUUAUUAAGGAAAUAGAACCCGGACAAGAGCUGCUGAUGUGCAUGAAAGAAAAUGCUUACCCUGCUGGGAGCAUCCCACCCAGUUUGGAAGAAGUGCACAUGUACCGCUGCGAGGACUGCGAUGAACUCUUCCAGUCGAAGUUGGACAUGAGGCGCCACAAGAAAUACUCCUGCAACGCCGUUAGCUCCCUAUACGAGAGCCUCAGCGAGGAGAUUAAGCAGGAGGGGGCAGCGGACGGGCAGGUCUACGAAUGCAAAGAUUGCGAGAGGAUGUUCCCGAACAAAUAUAGCUUGGAACAGCACAUGAUCAUCCACACCGAGGAAAGGGAGUACAAAUGUGACCAGUGUCCCAAGGCCUUCAACUGGAAAUCAAACCUGAUUCGUCACCAGAUGUCACAUGACAGUGGCAAACGAUUUGAAUGUGAAAACUGUGUAAAGGUGUUUACUGACCCCAGCAACCUCCAGCGGCACAUCCGUUCUCAACACGUCGGUGCACGGGCGCACGCCUGCCCGGACUGCGGUAAAACCUUUGCCACUUCUUCAGGCCUCAAGCAGCACAAGCACAUUCACAGCACUGUCAAACCUUUCAUAUGUGAGGUCUGCCACAAGUCCUACACGCAGUUCUCCAACCUGUGCCGCCACAAGCGAAUGCAUGCCGACUGCCGGACCCAGAUCAAGUGCAAGGACUGUGGCCAGAUGUUCAGCACCACCUCUUCACUCAACAAGCACCGGCGCUUCUGCGAGGGGAAAAACCAUUAUAACGCUGGGGGGAUUUUCGGCCCAGGCUUGCCCCUCACUCCCAGCUCAAUGAUGGACAAAUCCAAGCCCUCCCCUGCCCUGAACCACACCGGCCUCGGAUUCGGCGAUUAUUUUCCUUCCCGGCCACACCCGGGAGGGCUUCCAUUCUCACCGGCUCCCCCGGCAUUUCCAUCCCUCGCUCCUGGCUUCCCAGGCAUCUUCCCUCCCUCGCUGUACCCCAGACCCCCUUUAUUGCCACCUACGCCGCUGCUGAAAAGCCCCAUCAACCACACUCAAGAAGCCAAGCUCCCGAGCCCUCUCGGCAACCCGGCCCUCCCUCUGAUUUCUGCCGUGAGCAACAGUGGCCACCCCGCCUCAGUGGAGGACAGGUUCAACAACAGCGGUGGCAGCCUGGGGAACUCCUACCUGGAGAAGCUCAAAGGCAGGGCCAGCGACGUGUCUGAUGCGAGCGACUUCGAGGACAUCAACACAACCACGGGCACGGAUCUGGACACCACCACCGGGACAGGGUCUGACCUGGAGAGCGACGUGGAGAGCGACCGGGACAAGAUGAAAGAGAAGAGCAAGCUGGCAGAGAGCAAGCCAGAUUUCGGCAGUGCCUCGGUGCCCGCUGGUUCCGCCAACAACAUGAGCGAUCUCCCGCUUUUCUACUCUCAGCAUUCCUUCUUCCCUCCCCCCGAGGAGCAGCUCCUCCCCAUGGCAGGGGCAGCCAAUGACUCCAUCAAGGCUAUCGCCUCCAUUGCGGAGAAGUACUUUGGGCCCGGCUUCAUGGGCAUGCAGGAGAAGAAGAUGGGCUCCCUCCCGUACCAUUCCAUGUUUCCAUUCCAGUUCCUCCCCAAUUUCCCCCACGCGCUGUACCCUUUUACGGACCGGGCCCUCAAUCACAGCUUGCUGGUCAAGGCAGAACCAAAGUCGCCCAGGGACCUUCACAAAAUGGGUAGCGCCAGCUCCGAGUCCCCCUUCGACCUUACCACAAAGCCAAAAGAAAUCAAGCCAGCCUUGCCGCCCCCCAAAGUCCUCCCAGCUCAUCCUUCCGGGGAAGAGCAGCCCCUUGAUCUGAGCAUUGGCAACCGCAUCCGGGCCAGUCAGAAUGGGAGCUGGGACUCCCAGAAGAACCACAUCUACGGGGAGAGGAAGUUAAUGGCCAGUGAAAUAUUACCCAAGAUCUCUCAGGCUCAGAUGCCCCCACAGCCUUCGCUGCAUUACGCAAAGCCAUCUCCUUUUUUCAUGGACCCCAUAUACAGCAGGGUGGAGAAGCGGAAAGUGGUUGACUCAGUGGGCGCACUAAAGGAGAAGUACCUGAGGCCUUCCCCGCUGCUUUUUCAUCCCCAGAUGUCGGCCAUAGAAACGAUGACAGAGAAACUGGAGAGCUUUGCAGCCAUGAAGACGGACACCGGCGCCUCCUUGCAGCCCCUCCCGCACCAUCCCUUCAACUUCCGCUCACCGCCCCCAACGCUGUCCGACCCCAUUUUGCGCAAGGGCAAAGAACGCUAUACCUGCAGGUACUGUGGUAAGAUCUUUCCCCGUUCAGCAAAUCUGACGAGACAUCUGCGGACACACACGGGAGAACAACCGUACCGGUGUAAAUAUUGUGACAGGUCAUUCAGCAUUUCGUCCAACCUCCAGCGCCACGUCCGGAACAUCCACAACAAGGAGAAGCCAUUCAAAUGCCACCUGUGUAAUCGGUGUUUCGGCCAGCAAACCAAUCUCGACCGGCAUCUGAAAAAGCAUGAGCAUGAGAGUGUGCCAGUGAGCCAGCAUGCUGGAGUCAUCACGAACCACCUGGGGACGAAUACUUCCUCGCCAACCUCAGAAUCAGACAACCAUGCACUUUUAGAUGAGAAAGAAGACUCCUAUUUCUCUGAAAUCAGAAACUUUAUUGCAAAUAGCGAGAUGAACCAAUCGGCAGUUUUAACAGAUAAAAGGCCUGAAAUCCAGAAUGCUGAUGGCAAACCCCAAUGCCACAGUCUUGCAAACGACAAAACGGAAGACGCAGACGAGGAGGAAGAGGAACUGGAAGAGGAAGAUGAUGACAGCCUGACGGGGAAGUCGCAGGACGAGAUGGCGUCACCAACCACAGAGCCGCAAGGAGGAGGAUAUGAGGAGGAGGAAGAGGAGGAGGCCACAUCCCUUACCAUGAGUUUUGAUCGCACCCGAAGGCCCCGCAGAGCUGAGCGCCCCACCAUCAUGUCUCAGCGCCACUCAACGACUUCCUUGGGAGACAAGGCACUUCUCCUGGAGCACCAGCAGAGUUCGGAUUUGCACAUCAGCAAUGUCUCAGCCCAUGGGAAGUGCAGCCCCCUGGCCGCACUGGAGAGCCCUGCCUUUUUGGCUGAGCGCUCGCCGUCACCCACCGGGCCCCGGCGCAUCAUCCUCAGCACCGAAAGCCCGGCCGCGCUCAAGGUGGGGACGCAGCAGCUCAUUCCAAAGACCCUGGCCGAGGGCCCCAAACCCAAGCCCCCCUCUCGGCACCAGAGCUUCUCGGCUGCCUUCCUGAGCAAGGAGGCUGCCCGAUGUGACCCGAAGCGGAUGUCGGCCCCCAGCAUUUCUUUCGAUGAUCUGGAGGAGCUGGAUCAGGGCGGAGGGACACUCAAGCGCAACCUGCGCAACAUGUCAUACCGGGUCGCGAUGAAGGACCUGGGGAAUGGCAAGGACGUGGAGCCGCCCAAAGCCAUGAGCAGCCUGAAGCCGCUGCCUGAAGAAGCCAACACCCAAGGCGCCCGUAGCCCUGGAAGACACAAGAGAACCUUUGGUCGUAAGCGCAUGCAUCGGCAUGGAGGCUCCUUCAAAGAUGAUCCCCGCCUGUAUCAAGAGAUCCGCGAGAAAGGACUCAACUCUAUCAGCCACGAGUCAGACGAUGACAUCCUUGAGUCAUCCAUCCCCGAGGAAUCCAUCCCCGAGGAGCCUCCCAACCUGGAUUCCUCCACCAUUGUGGUGAAGAACUAUCGGCCUGCUCACAUCACCUGGAGCCAGCUCCCGGAGGUUCAGGAAGCUGGCAUCCUGGAGCUGAUAUCUCCGGAAGAGCGCAAGCGUCAAGAGGCAAUUUUUGAGAUAAUUACCUCUGAGUAUUCCUACAUGCACAGUCUGGAGAUCCUGGUGAACCACUUCCUGAAAUCUGAGGGGCUGAAGGACACGAUGACUCAGACGGAUCAUCACCACCUCUUCUCCAACAUCAGGGAUAUCCUGGCUGUCAGCAAGAGCUUUUUUGAGGACUUGGAGAAAAGGCAUCAGGAGCACGUCCUGAUCCCAGACAUCAGCGACAUCUUGGAGGCUCACGCAACGCAUCAUUUUAACCCCUAUGUCAUCUACUGUUCUAACGAAGUCUACCAACAGAGAACCCUCCAGAAGCUGUUAGCCACAAAUCCUGCCUUUAAAGAGACCCUGAAACACAUCGAGCAGAAACCAGAGUGUGGCAGCCUUCCCUUGAUCUCCUUCCUCAUCCUCCCCAUGCAGAGAGUCACUCGCCUGCCUCUCCUGAUGGAUACUGUCUGCCAGAAAAUGCGGAUGCACAGCCCAGCCUACGAAGCCGCCACUCAAGCUCUGAAGGCUAUCAGCAAGCUUGUGAAGAGGUGCAACGAGGGUGCCCACACCAUGGAGAGGACGGAACAGAUGUAUACGUUGCAGAAACAGUUGGAGUUUGGAAAAAUCAAGAACUUCCCGCUGAUCUCUGCUUCCCGGUGGCUGUUGAAAAGGGGGGAACUCUCAUUGCCCCUGGCGGAAGAGGGUGGGAUUUUCCGGAAGGGCUCUGGGCGCGGGAACUGCUAUCUGCUUGUCUUCAAUGAUGUCCUGAUCAUCACCAAGAAAAAGAGCGAGGAGAGUUACACGGUCCUCAACUAUGCCAUGCUGGACCAGCUGUCCGUGAAGAAAAUUGAGAACCCGGAUGCUCCCUCUUCUCCCCCUGGCAAGCCGGGUUCGAGUGGCGCCUUCCGCAGUGGCCACUUGUUCCGAGUAACCAUGAAUGUGGACAGCGAAGGCAAGCAAGAGGUGAUUGUGCUGGCUGCAGAGUCCCUGAGUGACCGCGCCCGAUGGAUCAGGGCUUUGCUGCACAGGGAAGAUAAAGCAAUAGACACAGCCCCCAAAGGAGAUCUCAAGCAGGUGGAGAUUACACAGGCUUACCUGGCCAAGCAGAUGGACGAGAUCUCCCUCCAGCAGGCUGAUGUUGUCUUGGUCCUGGCUAGGGAGGAAGGCUGGUACUUAGGAGAGCGCCUGCGUGACGGAGAGAAGGGCUGGUUCCCUCAAGCCUGCGCCCAGGAGAUCACCAGCCGCAGCGCCGUGGAGCGCAAUGUGCAGCGCAUGGAACGCCUGCGCAUUGAAACGGAUGUGUGAAAAGCGGGAGCGUGCCCAGCGUUCAUCCACCGGAGCACUCUGGACCCGAAGCCGUUGAUGCGGCCAGAGAAGACAGACUUAGGUGGCUACUUCCCUCGUAAUGUUUCACCCGGUUCGGAAGUGUGCUCCCGUUGCCGGCUCAUGAAGAUCCUCCAUCCAAAGAGUUGAAUACCUUUUCAGCAGGUCUGCACUAUGGAUGAACCUUUUUGGAGGGGGGCCAAGGGAGGGGUUACCAGCCAGCCGCUGGUAACCCCUUUAGAGUUGCCGACUCUAAAACACAAAAAGCGGAGCAGCAAUCGGAUUAUGCCAUUUGGUGGCGGACCAUCGGGAUUGAGGCACGUUGGCAUCCCCCCCCCCCAAAAAAAAGGAUUGUUCACCCAGGUCUGAAGAUGUUGUUUUCAAGAUGACCAUCUACAUUUUCUCUCUUCCUCUUUGUGCCUCUUCAGAUCACUCUGCUAGUUAACUCUCAGGCAUUUUCUUGUAAGGAGCUUUAAGUGAUCUCUGCGCGUUGCUGAUUUUAAAUGACGACAAACCCAUUUUCUUGCAUAGCGACCUGCAUCCCAUUUGCCUUGAGUGUGCGCUUGAUGAGCGAGUGUUCUCCCUUGAUGCUCUACGCUGCAGCCUGAUGAUGUCAGCAGUACAACCGCCCUGCGGCUGAGACUGCCCCCAGCUGUCGUUGCGCCUGUGGUUUUUCCAGAACCUCACUGCAGUUUGUGUAUUUGUGUUUGCAUUCUAUGCAUAAAAUAGGCAUGAAGUCACAUCCACACCAUACAUUUCAAGCGCAAUUGCUCCCCCUUUAACAGUCUUCCUUUGAAGAAUCCUGGGAACUGUAGUUUACCCUGCUCAGAGCUACAAUUCCCAGCACCCAGCGCAAACAGAAGUUCCCAGGAUUCCUGUGGGGGUGAUGCCAAGUACUUUAAAUGUGUGACGUGGACGUGACCUGAGUUCUGCUAGUGACUGGACCGUGGGAGCGCAGUUUGCUCAAAUACUAGGGUGCCUCUAGCACUGCCUUCCUGCUCCAGGAAAACUUGCAUAGAUUGCCUGUCUAAUUCCUUCCUCUUCAAGGACCUUGUUGAUAGGCCGUGCCGUUGGAGUUUACAGGGUGAGAGGCAGGCAUGUGUUUAUGGUGAGAGAGACACUAGGCAGGUGAAAUGGCCUUGCCUUUUAUGAUCCAGGUGGGUUGUGUUUAUCCAUGUUGCUGGCAAAUAAAAAGAUUUAGAUUUGGGUUUAGUGGUGCUCUUUUCAUGAUCAACCGCUGUAGCGGAGCAUUCAAAGUUCCUUCACGGGACACCAUAUGACGGAAUGAAGUUCCCCAUUUGGGCAGCUAGUGAACUGGGCGGGAAGGGGGCAGCAGGUUUCAUCUGGCACUUUUGUCCUGGUUGCAAGAAGACCAUGUUGAAGUGACUGUGAGGCUAGUCUGCCCAUGUGUGGAAAAAGCGUCGCUGAUCCUGCCUUGUCUGGUGAUGGUGUCACGGGAUCAGCCUCUAAAGCAGGUGUAGGGAACCUGUGGCCUUCCAGAGGUUGCUGAACUCCCGCUCCCAUCAACCUCAGCUAGCAAGGCCAAUAGUUGGGAAUUUUGGGAGUUGGAGUCCAGCAUCAUCUGGAGGGCUGAAGGGUCUCCAUGCCUGCUCUAAAGGUAUACAUGCGUCAGGAUUCAUGUCAGUGUCGGUUUAGGGGCGUACCCAGUUUGGAAGCUGUAAGGCUCCAGAAAAAUGCGAUUGCCCCACUUGUUGAAACUGGCUCUUAAAUUUUCAGAUCUGUAAUCAGUUCGGCGUUUGCAGAGCCUUGUAGCUCUCCACCCAAUGCCAGCUUGCAAGAGUGUGGUGAAUCCAAUAUACACUCAUGAGACGUUAAGCCAUUUGACUCGGCCGGUGCAUCUCAGCAGCACUGUGGCGCGACCCUUUUGUUUGGAAGAACGACGCAUUUUUAAAAAUGUGUGGCUGAACUCCUGGCCUGGAAAGAUUUCACAGGUACCUUUUUAGUUUAGCGUGGUGGUUUCCUGCGAGACCUUUACCGUGGAAUCCUGUACAUGCCAACUUGGAAACAAGCUUCACUGACUUUGCUAGGGCUUACUCCAAGGUAAGUGUGUAGAGCAGCCUUUCCCAACCAGUGUGCCUCCAGAUGUUGUUGGACCACAAUUCCCAUCUUUCCUGACCAUUGGCAACACUGGCUGAGGCUGAUGGGAGUUGUGGUCCAACAACGUCUGGAGGCACACUGGUUGGGAAAGGCUGGUGUAGAGAAUUGGAGCCUUAAUGACCUUCACUGCCUUUUGAUGUAUGUCUAGUUUAUGGGCUAAAGUGAAUGACUUUUGAGUUUGGUGUCUGAUACUGCUGUUUGGGUGUCCUGAUCCUAACAUUGCUGUUUUGUCGGUGGUGCAUCUUGAAAGUGCUCCUAUUCUGUGUUGGUUUUGUUCUGUUUCUAGACCUUAUGCUUCACUUACUCCAAAAUAGGUUCUGUUUGCCUGUGUCUGACCUGCUGCCAUUGUCCUACUGACAGACGCAUGUGUCUGGUAAGUGGGGAAGAGCAGCUUUGAUUGGCACAAAAUGCAUUGUUUAAUGCCUAAUCAAACGGUGUGCCCAACAGGUUCUGCCACCUAAGGAGGUUUUUCGGAAACUGAGUGGUGUGUAUGGCAGUGUAACUUGCAUAUAUUUAAGCUUAUUAAACUCCUGUUUGAUUUGGUACAAGGUGCAAAAGCGUUCUUCUUUCUACACAGGAGGACCAUUGCUUCAUCUCGCUCGCUACUGGCUUCAUCUCGCUCGCUACUGGCUACACCAGCCUCUCCUAACGUUUGAGAAACGUAGGGUUGUGUCCAGCCAAGACCGAAGAUGGUCAUGCCCAUUGAUUUCAAUGGGUCUGUUUGGAGAAGGACUGACAUUAGGUACAACCGAUGUUUCAUGAGCUUUGCAAAGACAGUUGCGUGGUUCUUUGGCUCAUGGAGUGUGGCUGUAAGGUGUAAGCCUCAACUGCAAUUGUUUGCGGUAGGCGAUCUUGAGCAAACUAUUCACUUAAACCUCCUUCUAGGCCAAGCUGGAAUAUGCAGGCUAAAGGCCUCCUGUAGCAAUUAGCAUUGCAGUUACAGCCCUCUAGAAUCAGUUACCCACUGAAAUGAGACAAAUGUCCAGUGUUUUCGUAGCUAUGGGAGACAUUUUUGUGUAAGGGGACUUUUUCUGAAGUGUUGUCCCGUUUGAUUUAUGGUGUAAGGAUUGUACAAUUGUAGAAAUGAAUUUAUUAUAUUGAGUUUGUAAUCUUUUGUUUUUUAAUCUUUUCUAUCACACAGCUUUAGGAACUAAAGAGUGUGAAGAGGUGUAUAAAUCUGCAAUUAAUCGGCUCUCUUGUAAAAAGUCAUGAGGGUGUGUAGGCAAAGCGUCCUGAAGCCCCUAAAUUUAGGUGCUUGGCAAAACCCUUUUUGCAGGCUACUCUUUUUUAUGUUCUGUCAGUUGUUUCAAAUAAUAAUAAACUAUUUGUACAGCACUUUCAGGCACUGAAAGCUGCUCACAUGCAGGACCUAGUUGUAAUCUUCACAACACCCCUGUAAGGUAAGUCAGUAUUAUAUUAUCACCCAUAUUGCAGAUUGCAGGAGGAGGUGGGACUGAGGCAGAGACAGCAGAUUCCCUAGGACUCCCUUGUAAACUCGUGGCCGAUGCA